AUGAUAUAUCCUCCCACAUUCCAUUCCAAAUACAAUGAAUGGUGGACGCUACAAGAGAAUACGGACGGCAUAUUGGAAGGCAACAUCUCCGACGAGGAUGUGGAUUUCGGUCUACUCAUACUACGGGUUUGUCUGCUCAGUGUACAGUGUCUACCACACACAAGAUAUCCCACCGCUGGAAUACUGGAUGUCAGCCUCGAUCACCUUGAAGAAUGGUUUUACUCCUUGGCAAACGAAAUUGAGAAAACGCAAUCAGCCGAGAGAAAGCCGACUAUCAUAACUGUGCAGCAUCGAUUCUAUCAUGUCUGCUACCUCGGAAAUUAUGCAAAGAUUCGAAAAUGCUGGGCAGCUUUGAGUGUGACUGUCAAGGAUGCUCAUGAAAUGGGAUUACACCUGAAGGAUCCAGGGAUUCCACUUGAUGAUCUGAGUAUGGAAAUUCGUAGGCGAGCUUUCUGGAACUUGUAUGUUAUUGAUCGAUUUAUGUGUACCCUUUUCGGCUAUUGGCCUCUGAUCCCCGAAGGAUACUUUGACAUCGAUCUUCCACACGACAGUCUGCGUACUAUCACAAUUAGACCAUACAUUCUCACGACAUUUACGGAUCGCAUUUUUUACAUCAAGGUGGCCAGAUAUCUCACGGCAUUCACUAGUCCCCCAUCAUGGACGACAGAUCAAUAUGACCCAGUUUUGGUCUCUGAGUUCGCGCAGAGGUUCAAAGAAGUCGUUGUUGACCAACUGCCACCUGCAUAUUGGCUCGAAAAUCCCGACACUAGAUGGGAUGCAGCAGAGCCGACACUCCUUCCCAAGAGAGAAACCCUCCAUUUAUUUAUUUACAGCGCCAAGGCCUCUCUAUACCGCGCAUUUGCGGAUCCCUGCAACAAUCUACACUACGGCAGCAAUACUAGCAGCAGAUACGGUACCGAUCUACUAGCUCUUUCUCAUCGCCGAACACUGAUGGACGUUUCCUGUAAAGUGAUAUCAUCAAUCACCCGACUCUAUGUUUUGGCAGGCGAUGAUGAGGGCGGUACAUGCGAGCAAAUGUUUCUUUUUCCGAUCCUUCUUGUCGAAGCGCUGGCGUGCCUCGGGGUUUGUUUGCUUUCCAUCCAAGCAGAUACGCGACAACUGUCGAAUGCAGGCAUUCGGUUCAGCCCCGACUCCGACUUGCGGUAUAGCUACGCUACGUUCUUCGAUGCCUUUGGCCUUCUUUCUCGACAAGCGCCACAGUAUGGAAUCGCCAAACAAGGACUGAGUAUUCUGGAAGGCCUCCAUGGCACACUGCAAUCAUCUUCUGCCAGUCCUAGUUUACUGCGCAUCGAGAAUUAUCGCACUGCAGCCACAGGGAGCGAGACACAUGCCGCGGGGGGGGUUUCACCUGGAGCAAGCUCUGAUGACAGUUCAUGGCCACGGGGGAGGGGAGCUUCCGGGUCGCGUAUUUUUCCCUCUGCCCGAAUGGCUUCCCUCUUUUUUUGA